UUACGGCACUGUUAUUACUUCACAGACAUUGCUCAGCAGAAUAGCCGCUGCACAAAACUCAUGGCUGCAGAUGUGUAGCCCGGGAUUAACCGACAAAACACGGACUGUGAAGAAAAUGAAGAGGAGGCUCCAAUGAGGCGUAGUUUCUCGGUAGAAGACCUCCUCGGUGAGGUGGAGAAGAUCUGUUACGAUGCCUCCGGGACAUCAAAGGUGGAGAUGGUGGUGAGGCUAUGGAAGGAUGGCUUCACUGUAAACGACGAGGAGUUUCGCAGCUACUCCAUACCAAAGAAUCAAGACUUCCUGGAUGCCAUCAAAAGGGGGGAGCUUCCGGCAGAGUGGGAGAGCCGAGCAGAGGAGAAGGAGCUGGAGAUCAGUGUGGAGGAUCUGACGGAGGAAAAUUAUGUUCCCAAGAAAAAGGCCUUUCACCCCUUCAGCGGGCGCGGAUACCGACUUGGCAGUGUUGCACCCAGAGUAGUGGCCAGGUCACCAUCUGUGCACGCGGACGGAGAAUCUCCUCCUAUUCCCAUGGUAACACUAGACCACGCCCUUCCUGUUACCUCCCUGCAGAUCUGGUUGGCUGACGGCAGAAGAUUGGUGCAGAGGUUUAACCUAUCGCAUCGGAUCACCGAUGUUCAAGAUUUCGUGGCGCGUUGCCAGAGGAGCUCCCCACCUUUCGUCCUGACAACGUCAGUUCCUUUCCGGGAGCUUGACGACAAAGAAUUGAGUCUAGAAGAGGCGGAUUUGACCAACGCCGUCAUCGUACAGAGACCCCUAAACACAGAGGCUCCGUUUGGACACUGCUGAUUAAAAGCCCCCCCGCCUCACGUAAUGCAUACAACACACCACACACACCCCUUCACCGACACCUCACCAUGAGCCUGACUGCAGUCUCAAGGCUUCCUGUAAGGUAUACUGUUUCUUUAUUCUGCAGCUUGUGCUGCAUUUGAUGAUUGUUAUAUUUAUUCAUCUCCGUGUAGGAUUACCUGCAGCCUAAUGGAGAUGUUGUCAGUUCUUUGCCACCACAGGUGCUGAAGUGCUGUUGAUAAUGCUUACUUUGUCUUUUUCCUCUGGAGGACAGUGUUUACCUGCCAACAGAUCUCCCAAAACUCCCAAACUCCAGAAAGGCAAACCAAUUCUGUCGCCCGUGCAGAUGGUCAACCACGUGUGUCCAUCUGGUCGUCUAUCACAUGUAAACCUCCUUCCCUCUCACGCAUGCGCGCGCGCACACACACGCGCGCACACACACGCGCGCGCACACACACACACACACACACACACACACACACACACACACACACACAGAGACACACACACACACACAACACCAGCACCAACAUAGUCUCUAAAGUCUUCCCAAACUGUGAUCACCAGUUUUUCUGCACUACUUACAAUAAAAAAAUAAAAAAAAUGAGGGGCUGAUGUCUCAAUUUGUAUCUCUGAGUUUACAGUUGUAUUUAAGGGACAUAUGAUGUUUUUUGCACAUUAUUACUAUUUAAAAAAGAGAAAAGAUAAUAUGUUAUUUGUGUUGGCCUGUCUGUUGAGAUUUGUUGAAUUGUUUUGCCAUUUUUUUGCUUUUUUUUUGGUGUGAACAUUUGCCUUUGUUCUUGUGGGGAGGGAUUUAAUUCAGAAUGUACAAUGAAUUGUUUUAUUUGACUGCAUCCUUUCAAUACAUAUCACAUAUCAAGGUACAAUAAAAAUCGUCCUUAAAGUU